CCAAUGACAGAUCACAAUGUGGAAGGCUGCGUUGACCUCCCCCCGGAUUCACCUCUAAUGAGAAGCCAUGUUUCGGUCUCUGAGACGCGUCCAGCAGUUUAACUGCAACCUCCUGACUUUGCAAAGAGUUAACGUCAACUCUAAACUCCGCAUCUGCACGUCCAGAAUGGCCGCUUCAGAGUACAGGAUCGAGCGGGACACGUUUGGUGAGCUCAAGGUCCCAGCUGACAAGUACUACGGUGCCCAGACUGUCAGAUCCACCAUGAACUUCAAGAUAGGGGGACCAAGUGAGAGAAUGCCAAUCCAAGUGAUCAAGGCCUUUGGUAUUCUGAAGAGAGCGGCUGCUGAGGUUAACAAGGAGUACGGCCUCGACCCAAAGAUAGCAGAUGCAAUCAUCCAGGCUGCAGAUGAGGUUUCAGCUGGUAAACUAGAUGAUCAUUUCCCUCUGGUGGUGUGGCAGACUGGAUCUGGGACUCAAAGCAACAUGAACGUCAACGAGGUAAUCAGCAACAGAGCUAUUGAGAUCCUAGGAGGAAAACUAGGCUCCAAGGAUCCUGUCCACCCUAAUGAUCAUGUCAAUAAAAGUCAGAGCUCCAAUGACACCUUUCCCACUGCCAUGCAUAUUGCUGCAGCCACAGAGGUCCACCACGUCCUGCUGCCCGGCCUGCAGAUGCUGCACAGCGCUCUGGCUGCCAAAUCUGAAGAAUUCAAAGAUAUCAUCAAGAUUGGACGCACACACACUCAGGAUGCUGUUCCGCUCUCGCUCGGACAGGAGUUCAGCGGUUAUGUCCAGCAGGUUAAGUACAGCAUUGAGAGAGUAAAGGCUGCCAUGCCCAGGGUGUAUGAGCUGGCGGCAGGAGGCACAGCAGUAGGGACAGGACUCAACACCCGCAUUGGCUUUGCUGAGAAAGUAGCUUCUACUGUUGCUUCUCUCACAGGCCUGCCGUUUGUGACCGCUCCCAACAAGUUUGAAGCUCUGGCAGCCCACGAUGCUCUGGUGGAGCUGAGUGGAGCUCUGAACACAGUGGCUGUCAGCAUGAUGAAGAUUGCCAAUGACAUCCGAUUCUUGGGGUCAGGACCCCGCUCAGGCCUGGGAGAGCUCAUCUUACCAGAGAAUGAACCGGGAAGCAGCAUCAUGCCAGGCAAGGUGAACCCCACCCAGUGUGAGGCCAUGACCAUGGUUGCAGCUCAGGUAAUGGGAAACAAUGUAGCAGUCACCAUCGGAGGCAGCAACGGACACUUUGAGCUCAACGUCUUCAAACCCAUGAUGAUCAAGAACGUGCUGAACUCAGCUCAGCUACUCGGCGACGCAUCUGUCUCCUUCACCAACAACUGUGUGGUGGGCAUCGAGGCCAACACAGAGAGGAUCAACAAGCUCAUGAAUGAGUCUCUCAUGUUGGUCACCGCACUCAACCCACACAUCGGUUACGACAAAGCAGCCACCAUCGCCAAGACUGCUCACAAGAAGGGUUCCACACUGAAGGCCGUGGCCGUGGAGCUGGGCUACCUGACCGAGGAGCAGUUUGACCAGUGGGUGAAGCCAAGUGAAAUGCUGGGGCCAAAGUAACUUUGACAACACAAGAAACACUACAAAGCAAAGAAAAUACAUUUUCCAGUGUGAGAAAAGACUAUUUCCAAUUAAAUCAGAGGUUGAACUGUAUGAUCCAAACAUUCUCUGAAUCCUGAACAUCUCAUAAUAAAAAGUUUGAGAAUGCUUUGCCGUUGUUUGAUGCUGCUUCUUACUGUGUUUUACAAACUGGUGGUGUUUACAUUUACACUGUGAUACAUGUGUUAGUGUAAGAACAGUAAAUCCUCCCAUUUGAUUGAUACAAUUACAUAUUUUAAGAUGCUACUCAACCCAGGUUUGUCACACGAACGUCAUACUGUUUAACUGCCAAUGUGUCAAAAGUAAUCGUUUAGUGAAAUAUGUAUAUUUGUAUACCAACUUGUUAGUUUUGGUAUUUAAAGUCUUAAAUACUUUUUGACUAUUAGUUGGUACCUUCAUGGUAGUUCAGAUGUUCACAGUGCCAUCCCAAAUAAUUCAGCAUGGGCUACUGUACCUUGCAUGUUCUGGUUUACAGUAUGUGUGCCAUUUCUGCAGCCAGUUAAUAUGUAUUCAUUAAAAAGCAAGUAUAUUCCGGUUUCUGGCA